UUAAGCUGGUCACAUUGUCGUAAAAUAACUGUUUGGCCAGGUCAGCACUGCAUAAAAAUUGCAUGUGCAUUAAAUCCGGAUAAAAGACACGAGGACAAUGGUUAGGUCAGCAGUCGUACUUGCAGUCAUUGCACUUUUUCUGCUGAUAGCAUCGCAGGGUGUUGAUGCUGAUAAGAAGCAGAGCAAGAAGUACAGCAAAGAGGCCAACGACCCGCAUUUCCAACAAGUUAAGCAGGAGAAGUAUGACCCGGACUUCAAGAGCAUACAGCGGCCAUAUCGUAUGGCUAAACUUAAUCUUGUGUGGGCUAAGGCUCAAAACCGAUUAACGGAGCCCAAGCUCAAGUCGCUGUACAUGGAGCUAAAGAUCCACGACAAGGAGGAGAUCGCCUGGAAACAGCUCAACUCGCAGCAUAAGGACAAAGAUGGCCUGAAGGACGAUGAGCUGCGCCGCAAGCUCAUUGGCAUUAUGAGUAGCUACGAUUUGCUGGAGCACUUUGAGGACACACAGGACACAGAGAAGUUAAAGCCCUAUAAAAAAUUCCAUGAUGCGGAUGAUCGCCACAAAAACAAAAGCCUUUUCAAAGACAAGAAACUGAACCGGCUUUGGGAAAAGGCAGAGAUUUCUGGCUUUACGGCGGAGGAAUUGAAAUCCUUGAAGCAGGAAUUUGAUCAUCACCAGGAUAAGGUUGAUGUGUACUACAGUUUGUUGGAAAAUAUAGGCACUGUUGAUUCCAACAAGCAUGAAAAUGCCAUAAACACUGAAGAUCUGGACACCUACAAUCUGAUUUCCAAUGAUGUCAAUGAAAAUGAGAUAAAGACGCAUGCGCAAAAUGUGAAGAGUUUCGAAAACGAUCUUAACACGCUUCGUGGUCAUCAUACGGGAAUUAAAGAUCAUUAUGAUAGAUUGGAACGUUUGGUGUCCUCUGGUCCACAUAGUCAAGACUUUAUCGAGCCAAAAGUUCAGGGUCUCUGGCGAGUAGUCCAGGCUAGCAAUUUCACUGAAAAGGAACUGGAGUCCAUCAAAACUGAAUUGCAUCAUUUCGAAAGUCGUCUGUUAAAGCUGCGUCAUCUACAUGCCGAGCAUGCUUUGCACAAGGAGAAAUACAAGGGCGAAAAACACAAGGAUAAAAGCAACCGCUUUGAAGAAAUGGAGGACUUGCUGAAAAAGCAAACUCGGAAGGUUGAGAAGUUGCAAGAGAACAUUGAAAAUACUAUUUUUAAGCACACAGAACUUUAAAAAAUGGAGCAAUCACUGAACAUGCCAAGCGAAUAAAUUAGAAUUAAGCGCAACAGUUUGUGUAAGGCACAAAAACCUUCAAGUGCUAUUUAGCAUAUAUAGUUUUGAUACCAAAUAUCAUUUAAAUGAAAUAAAAUCUCAUGAAGUUUA